AUGGUGCCAACAGUUAACCGGGAGACACCUACUAGUUGUGGGACUACUGGAGGCUGCAAUGAAGCAGCAGGCACGGGGAAUUCCGGGGUAACCGAAGAACGCAGAGUGCUUCGCUCCAAAUACCUCACCGUUAAGAAUCGGAUUAGCAAUGAGAGAGAUGAUAUUUCAAAGGUUGACUCAGAUAAGUUCAAAUCAAUAAUUGAAGAAGUUGAUGGCUUGCAACAGCUUGUAACAAAACCCAGGGAACAAGUUGCAGAUGUGGAAGCCCUGUUUGACAUUGCUAACACCUUGGUGGACCAAAUAGUUGAUGCAACUUCAUUACAAUGGAAAGAAAUUGGCCUAGCAGUCUCUCAUGUUUUCAGGGGUGCUUCUGGUAUUUGUACAACGAUUGGGCCUAUGAAUACCGAAGUGAAGCCAUGUAAGCAAGUUACUCGUAAAAAGCGUGGAAGGCCAACUCAAAGCUCUCUGCCUGAAGAGCUUGAUGAAUCUGCUACAGAGGGAAAAACAGACACUGAUAAAAAUAUGGCCACAGUGUUUAAUAUUCUAAGGAAAAAUAGGAAGGUCAAUCUUCAAACUUUAAUAUUAAACAGGAAUUCCUUUGCACAAACUGUGGAAAAUUUGUUUGCCCUCUCCUUUCUCAUUAAAGAUGGGCGGGCUGAAAUAACAGUGGGGGAAAAAGGCUGUCAUCUAGUUUCCCCAAAGAAUGCCCCUGGUGCCAAUGCCAUUCUAUCUGGAGAAGUCUCUUACAGCCAUUUUUCUUUCAGAUUUGACUUUGGAGAUUGGAAGUUAAUGUUGGCUUCCAUUGAGGAUGGCGAGGAACUAAUGCCACACAGGGACAAGGUGAACGUGCAACCAAAUUCAGAUUCUGUAGAAGCUCAAGCAAUAAAUCCUACAACACCCAUAAAGAAAUUGUCCAGGAACUGA